AACCAGAAUGAACGACAUCACAGCGAGCUCCUCAGUGAUCCUUGACUCCCUGCUCAUCGACGACUCCCUGAUCACUUGUGAAGUCUGCUUCGAGGUGUUCAAUCAUGAGAAUCGUCCACCAAAGCUUCUUCCGUGCGGCCACAACUUUUGUGAAUCCUGCAUUUUCAGCCUUUGUCUUCAUCAGGAGUACUACCUUCUGGACUCCAUUAAAUGCCCAACAUGCCGGCGGGAAUUUACAACAAAUACGGCUCGUCAGGCACCAACCAAUUAUGAUCUUUGCAAAAUCCUCGAGAACCUAUUCCGCCGAAAAGAGCAAAACGUCACAGUGAUUGAAGUCCCCGAGCUGGUUCAUAACCUCCCACCACCAAUGGCCGAAGUUUCCUCCUCGGCCACCAAGAUUGUGACGUCACAACAACAACAACAACAACAACCCGCUGUUGCCACAAAAAUGCCACGUCAUCAUGUGAGCAAGAAAAUGAAGGCGUUGGCAAAACGUACCGAGGAGAGCAAGCACUUUCGAUGCGCCGAUUGUCAGCGGAAAAUCUCGCAGAAAAAUUUGUUCAGAGUGUCCAGAUAUUGUGUGGAUUGUACCAGUACUAGUCGUAUGACAAUCGUUUGCCUGGAAUGCUGCGUGAACCAUCACAACGGCCACGACCUUCUCACCGAGGACUCCCUUCACCACAACCAACUCAAGACACUCUCCGACCUCCGAAAGCUGCGCCACCGAAUCCUCGACUCCUCCGACGAGUUUGACCGCCGUGCCGAUGAGAUAAGAACCUCCGGAAUGGAUGUCUGUGGGGGUCUGAGUGCCGAGAAACACAAUCUGCUCACCUACACCCUCGCUUCAAUUGAUGACGUCAUGCGUCGCAUCGAGAUGGCUCCGAUCCUCUUCCCACCAGUUCUUCGGACUAUUCGAGACGAGCAAUCCCAUAAUUUCAGCCGUUUGGAAAAACUCUCAGCUCAGUUGGAAAAGAGCCUGGUCUCCCGGAAAAACACGAAACCAACUAGCCUAACCUUCAUUGAAAACAUGAAUGAUACCACUUACCAGGGCCUCCAAAGAUCUGUUCAAAACCAGAGCCUGAACAAAUCCACCCUAUCUAUCCGUCAAUCCAGAGUGUCCCUGAGAACCGACGACUCCUUAUUCCACGAGUCGAUAAGUUCCCUGACAAGACUUAUGCAUCAACACCCAAUGUGUCUUCAACUAGAAUUUCAUCACUCUACAGUAUCCUCCAAGGAUACCGUAACCCAGCGAAAGCAGAAGAUCAUGUCCUGCGCCCACGCAACUACUUCCAUGCUUGACAUGGAUCUUACUCAAGUUUCGAUGGUGCCGAUCUUUGCGGAUGUUCUUCUCAACUGCUUCUACCAACUCAACCGGCUAUCUAAAAACAAGUUCGUCGGGGAUAAGAAGUACCGAAGAUGUGACAUUUGGAAGCAGGUUCAGUGCAGUUAUACUGAACUUUUUGGCAUCACUGCCAAGCACUUCCCAUCCCAUCAUCCGGAGAGAGUCGAUAUUUUGGAUGAUUUGGCGUACUUGUGUCAUUUGUAUAGUGAUGUCGCGGAUCAGGGCACCGUCACAAUCUGCCUAAUCGAAGCUGCCCGCGCCAGAGCUUCAGACUCCAGUGGCCUAACUGAAAUUGAGCAGCAAAGAUCCGAAGAACGUCUGGAACUGAUUGAUGAGCAUUUGACAGAAUGCCGGCGGCUCCAGAAGCUCUUGGAGCUCCGAAAAACGUCAAAAACCAAGAAAAAUGGAGGAUUGAAGCGACUUUUUGGCGGAUGCUUUAUUGCUCAAGAGAAGGCUAAUGAUUCUCUCGUUUAUUGAUUUUUAUACAGUAUUGAUUUUUUUUGUCUAAAUAUUAAUUUUCCGGUAAAGUAUGUAGAUUUUAGUUAGUUUUAAUGAAGUUGAAAAAAUGAAA